AAUGAAAAGGGAAAAAGAUUCAUAAAAACCAGACUCGUCCGCGUUUUCUCCAAUUCUCUCCCUCCCCUGUCGCCUCUCGCCAUUCCCUUCUCUUUCGGAAGUUGGGAAUUUCACCUGUUUGGCAUAGCGAGUUCUGAGCAUGGCAGAAUCGGUGGAGCUGCCGAGUCGGUUAGCAAUCCUUCCCUUCAGGAACAAGGUCCUUUUACCAGGCGCCAUCAUCAGAAUUCGGUGCACUUCUCCCAGCAGUGUGAAAUUAGUGGAACAAGAACUUUGGCAACGAGAAGAGAAGGGACUGAUUGGCAUAUUGCCUGUACGUGACCCUGCUGAAAUUAAACCAGCGAGUCCUGCGAUAUCUCAAGGUGUAGGAACUGAUUCUCUGGACCAAAACUCAAAAAUUCAAGGUGGCUCAUCUGAUUCUCAUAAGCCCGACACAAAAAAUCAGAAUGAUGUUGUUCAUUGGCAUACGAGGGGGGUUGCUGCUCGGGCCUUACAUUUGUCCAGGGGAGUGGAGAAACCAAGUGGGAGAGUCACAUACAUAGUUGUUCUUGAAGGUCUCUGCAGAUUCAGUGUUCAGGAACUUAGCACAAGAGGAACAUACCAUACUGCAAGGAUUGCUUCCCUUGAGAUAACUAAGAGUGAUAUGGAACAAGUGGAUCAAGACCCUGAUUUCAUUCUGUUGUCUCGCCAAUUUAAAGCUACUGCCAUGGAGCUUAUUUCUGUUCUGGAGCAGAAGCAAAAAACUGGGGGAAGGACAAAGGUUCUUUUGGAAACAGUUCCAGUUCACAAGUUGGCUGACAUAUUUGUUGCCAGCUUUGAGAAGUUUGAAGAACAGCUAUCUAUGUUGGAUUCAGUUGAUCCUAAAGUUAGGCUUUCAAAAGCAACUGAGUUAGUUGACAGGCAUUUACAGUCAAUACGUGUGGCUGAGAAAAUUACUCAAAAGGUUGAAGGACAAUUGUCAAAAUCGCAAAAAGAAUUUCUUCUGCGCCAACAGAUGAGGGCUAUAAAAGAGGAACUUGGCGAUAAUGAUGAUGAUGAAGAUGACUUAGCUACCCUAGAAAGAAAGAUGCAAAGUGCAGGAAUGCCACAGAAUAUCUGGAAGCAUGCACACAGAGAGCUAAGGAGACUUAAAAAAAUGCAGCCUCAGCAACCAGGAUAUAAUAGUUCACGUGCUUACCUGGAGCUUCUUGCUGAUCUGCCAUGGCAUAAGGCCAGUGAAGAGAAUGAACUAGACUUAAGAGCUGCACAGGAGCGCCUGGACAGUGAUCACUAUGGUUUAGCAAAGGUCAAGCAACGGAUAAUUGAAUACCUGGCUGUUCGUAAGCUUAAACCAGAUGCAAGAGGUCCUGUGUUGUGCUUUGUUGGUCCACCUGGUGUUGGGAAAACAUCAUUGGCAACUUCUAUUGCUACUGCUUUGGGCAGAAAAUUUUUGAGGAUAUCGCUUGGUGGAGUCAAGGAUGAGGCUGAUAUUAGGGGACAUAGGAGAACAUACAUUGGAAGCAUGCCUGGCCGGCUUAUAGAUGGUUUAAAGAGACUAGGUGUUUGCAAUCCUGUCAUGUUGCUGGAUGAAAUCGACAAGACAGGCUCAGAUGUUCGGGGAGAUCCAUCUUCUGCAUUGCUGGAAGUUCUAGACCCAGAACAGAAUAAAACAUUCAAUGAUCACUAUUUGAAUGUUCCAUUUGAUCUAUCCAAAGUGGUUUUUGUGGCUACAGCAAACCGCGUACAGCCUAUUCCUCCACCACUCCUCGACAGGAUGGAGGUUAUUGAGUUGCCUGGAUAUACACCUGAAGAAAAACUAAGAAUAGCUAUGAAGCAUUUGAUUCCCAGAGUUCUGGACCAGAACGGGUUGAGUUCUGAGUUUCUUCAGAUUCCAGAGGCUAUGGUGAAGCUUGUCAUUCAGAGAUAUACUAGGGAAGCUGGUGUGCGAAAUUUGGAAAGGAACCUGGCUUCCCUGGCUCGUGCUGCUGCAGAAGUUGCAGAGCAAGAAGAAGCAGUUCCCCUGAACAAAGGGGUGCAGGGACUUGCUACACCAUUGCUGGAAAACAGACUAGCUGAUGGUGCUGAAGUUGAAAUGGAAGUGAUACCGAUGGGUGUGAACAAUCGUGAAAUCUCAAACACUUUCAGGAUUGCCAAUCCGUUAGUAGUUGAUGAAGCUAUGCUGGAAAAAGUGCUUGGGCCUCCAAGAUUUGAUGGCAGCGAAACUGCAGAACGUGUUGCAACCCCUGGAGUCUCUGUUGGACUGGUUUGGACUGCCUUUGGAGGAGAAGUUCAGUUUGUGGAGGCUACUGCAAUGGUGGGGAAGGGUGAAUUGCAUCUUACUGGACAACUAGGGGAUGUUAUUAAAGAGUCAGCUCAAAUUGCACUGACAUGGGUCAGGGCAAGGGCGACUGAUCUUUGGCUGGCUGCUGGAGAAGGGAUUAAUCUCUUGAAAGGCCGUGAUAUACAUAUACAUUUUCCUGCAGGUGCCGUGCCUAAAGAUGGGCCUUCAGCAGGUGUGACUUUGGUAACAGCAUUAGUAUCACUUUUCUGUCAGAGAAGUGUUAGAUCAGACACAGCUAUGACCGGAGAGAUGACUUUGAGGGGUCUUGUACUACCUGUUGGUGGUGUCAAGGAUAAGGUUUUAGCUGCACACCGAUAUGGCAUAAAGAGAGUCAUUCUGCCGGAAAGGAACUUGAAAGACUUGGUUGAAGUACCAUCAUCAGUGCUUGGAAAUUUGGAGAUAUUGCUUGCAAAGCGAGUGGAAGACGUGUUAGAGCAUGCUUUUGAUGGUGGGUGUCCGUGGAGACAGCACUCCAAGUUAUGACAGGAUUCUUGAGUGGCACCUGUUAUCCUCCUUCCUGUUUCCCUCUUAAAACAGCACUGUGUCGAUUCAACCUCUGAUCCCAUCGUGACUUACGAUGCCUGUUGUGACCAUGGGCGACUUAGAGCACUUCGAUAUUCAACGGGUUGUAACCAAGCGAAGCUAACAAUGAGCAUUACAUUUUGGGACUCACAUCUCCACUGCCAGCUUUUGUAAGUAUGCCUUUUUUAUUUUGACUAGCCUUACUUUAUCAAAAUUGAGCAACUAAAUUAUUUUUAAUGCUCCCGUGGAUUCUUUUUUUUUUUUUUUUGGGGCCUUGUAACCAUAGUCAAUUCCUUAUUGUGCAUAAAUCAUUAUUUUCUUCAAGCAAAGAGGCACUUGCUUUCACCAGUGGCUACUUCAACCUUUAAUUAUUUAUUACAAUAUUAAUUAUUGUUCUGGA